UAAACAAGCGAAUCGUACUGCGUGAUGAGUCGAGUGUCGAUUAUUUAUUUCAGUCGUAAUUAAUUUUUUCUUGCAAUUUUAGUGAUCAAUUCCUAUUCAGAUCUAUUUUAUUGAACUCUGGUGUCGGUUAGGAAGUUCUUUUCGGUAACGUCGGAAGCUUCCUUCCCCUUCAGUGUUUUUUUCAAGCGACCAAACAUCAUCCACAUCUAGUAUGUGGAAUUCUGCCAUCAAUGAUCUUCAGUUUUUAUCAGUUUCAAAGAUCCACCUGUUCUGUAAAUUCUGCAGCCUCCUAACGUAGUAUUUAAUUAUAUCUCCUGUCUACAUCUCAAGGCACUACGAUGUCGGAUAAAAAUCAAAAUUCCGGCCAACAGCCGAUUGUAAAGAUCGGCCACUACACCCUUGGCGCAACCCUUGGAGUAGGCACCUUCGGAAAAGUCAAAAUCGGUGAGCAUCAACUUACCAAACACAAAGUGGCCAUCAAAAUCUUGAAUCGGCAGAAGAUCAAAAGUCUAGACGUUGUUGGAAAAAUUCGUAGAGAGAUCCAAAAUCUGAAACUUUUCAGACAUCCUCACAUUAUCAAACUGUAUCAGGUCAUCAGUACUCCAACAGACAUUUUCAUGAUAAUGGAGUAUGUUUCUGGUGGGGAGUUAUUCGAUUACAUUGUGAAACAUGGCAAGUUGAAGGAGUUUGAAGCGCGCCGGUUUUUCCAGCAAAUCAUCUCUGGUGUUGAUUAUUGUCACCGGCAUAUGAUCGUUCAUCGGGAUCUUAAACCAGAAAAUUUACUCCUGGAUCAAAACCUACAUGUCAAAAUUGCAGAUUUUGGUCUCUCUAACAUGAUGACUGAUGGAGAGUUCCUAAGAACAAGUUGCGGUUCUCCAAACUAUGCAGCUCCGGAGGUCAUAUCUGGCAAAUUGUACGCAGGACCAGAGGUAGAUAUCUGGUCUUGCGGUGUGAUACUGUAUGCUCUUCUCUGUGGAUCGCUGCCUUUUGAUGACGAGCAUGUUCCUACCCUGUUUCGAAAAAUUAAAACUGGUAUUUUCCCUAUCCCGGAUUAUUUGAACAAAAGCGUAGUCAGUUUGUUGUGCCACAUGCUUCAAGUAGACCCUAUGAAGCGAGCUACGAUAGAAGAUAUUAAGAAGCACGACUGGUUCCAACGAGACUUGCCUGCAUAUUUGUUUCCAUCGCCAGUCGAAAGAGACUCAUCUGUCAUUGACACUGAUGCUGUCACUGAAGUUUGCGAGAAAUUCGGCGUUCAAGAAUCUGAAGUACAUAAUGCUCUGCUGAGUGGAGACCCACACGAUCAACUUGGAAUUGCGUACCAUUUGAUUAUAGACAACAAGCGAAUCGCCGAUGAAGCAGCUAAAGCUGAAAUUAAAGACUUCUAUGUAGCAAGUAGUCCUCCACCCGUCUCGUUCAGCCCUUGUGAACUGUCCUCCUUCCGGCCACAUCCCGAAAGAAUCGCACCGCUCCGUGAAAGAGCUUACAGUGCGUCUGGGCGGGACGGUGUCACCGAUCGAGCAGGCAAGGCGGGAACUCCCGUUAAACGGGCCAAAUGGCAUUUAGGGAUUCGAUCUCAAAGCAAACCCAACGAUAUCAUGAAUGAAGUUUACCGUGCAAUGAAAGCGCUCGAUUUUGAAUGGAAAGUGAUAAAUCCAUACCAUGUGCGAGUUCGCCACAAGAACAAGAUCUAUAACAAGUACACCAAAAUGUCGCUGCAAUUGUACCAAGUAGAUUUUAAGAACUACCUCCUGGACUUCAAAAGUCUAAGCAGUGAUGAACUGGAAUUUAAUUACUUUAACACAAAUAGUCCUGAAAUAGAGAAGCUGUCCUGCAUCCCUCAAGCAACUGGUCAUCAUACAAUGGAAUUUUUUGAGAUGUGUGCCGCUCUGAUAACUCAGCUAGCUCGUUGAUUUCAGGAUCUUUGUUUAAGCUUUGUUAUUUUCCUGUCACCGGGUAAUAUUCAACUCAUGCUUUGGAUAAUAUUGAUAAUACAGGGUGAUUCAAAAGGCCUGUGCCAAUCCUGUAACCCUUGAGGUUCUUGCCCAUUUUCAAGAUGGCUCCUUUAAAAUUAAGAGGGUUCUCAAAAGUCGUUUUCGUUGGCCUAGGAGCACUUACAAAAUUUUAAGCCUCUAUCUUAAUUUGUUCAAAAGUUACAGGGAUGAUUUCUGGUGCUGGUGGUGCAGGAUUUUCCAUCAUCCUGUAUAUCUAAUUUAUCUUUUCAACAAUAUGAAUCUAUUUCCUAAGGUUCUAAUUUUGAAUUGAAAAAAACAGAAACAGCCAUUUAUCAUGUAAGCAAAAUUUACUUUAAAAAAAAACAAAAAAACAAAAACAAAAACAAAAAAAACAAAACAAAACAAAAACAAAAACAAAACGGUGACAGAAAAUAUUUUAAGAGAUAUAGAAAAAUCUAUGCUGUAGAAGUCAUGAUAACUAAUUUAAAAUGAGUUCGCAAAAAAUUCAAAAAUUCUCAAGAUAUUUCAUGGCUCUACCAUUGUUUUAUUUCAUUAUUUUUAUUUAUUCAUUCAUUUUUUCAUGAUUUUUAUUUUUUCCCAUUCAUUCUUAUUUCUAUGUUUUAUUUUAGUACUUCAUAGCAUUAGUCUCGCAUCAUUUCGAUAUUUUUUAAAAUCAUAUUGAAUCAAGAUAUUGACUCUUUUAAGUGUGAUUAUUCACCAGUUUUAAGGCCUUUGUAUAAUGUUAAUGCUGCACAAUAAGUGUUCUCAGACAGUCAAAAAUUCGCAACUGCGAAAGGAUUGUAAAACUAGAAAUAGACAAAAGUUACUUGAUCGUACGAUCGGCCAAGGUGACAUCAUGACCUUGCAUUGCGUAAAGUCUUCUCACUGUAGAAAAACUAUAAAUACUUUAGGAUGUCAAUUGUAGAAUACAAAAGUAUUCUUCGUCUUAAUUUUUUUUUAAAACAAUUAUAGUGUAAUUUUUUUGUAACUUUUCAACAAGGCAAGGAAAAUUUGUCAUAUUUCAUGCAGUGAUUAUGGUUAGUUUUCGUUUGGUGAAUGAAGAAUGAUAAGCAUUUUACCACAUUCUUAGACCAUGAAGCAAAUUUAUCCAGUUACAUGAAUGAAAUAUAUCAACUCUGUGAUGAUGAGCUAAAGCCUUUCAUUUUAAAUGCAGUACCGAGCAUUAGUGUGGCAACUUUAUCUUUUUUUAAACUGAGAAUUAAAAAACUGACAUCUGCAUUAAGUUGUCACCACAAUUUAAUUCUUAAGCAUUAACCAUUUCAAGAGAUUCAAUGAAUUUACUUGAAAAUCAGUAAAUCAAUAUGAUAAAUUAGCUUCUUAUGCAUUUUAUUUGUAGUUCUAAUUUUCGUGUGCUUUUUACUGUGAUUUUCAGUCUGGGUUUCGUAUAAUUCAUAGGAGGUGUUUCCAGAUCUUAAUUGAAAGGAGAUGACUGUUCUUAGCGUUUUUACUUUAAAUUUUUGAGUAGGCAGUCGCGAAUCCUUGCUUUUGAUCCAAAAGCAUUUUCAGAUUUUUUUCCCUCCGUGUGAGUGCCGUUAAAUUUUCUGUGCUAGCUAUGAGACGAAAAUGUUUCCCAGAGCAACAUCGAAACGCCUUGCUUUCAAAUGAACACAUUUACCACUGAUUUUUCUGUAUUUUAUUUUAUUUUUACUUUCACUGAUCCUAUGAAUCUUAAACUACACUUAAUGGUUGAUUUUGAUUAGUCAUUUGAUAAUUACGGCUCUCAAAUGUGUUAGAGUCUUAGAAACUUUUCUCACUGAUUUUUCCACAUUGAAUGAAAUGCUUGUUUUUACUGUCCAAGAUAUUGUAGCUUCACAUGUUUUUAAAGUGGAUAGUUGAGGAUUUAGGUUGCAUGAAGUUUUACUGGAAUCGGUUACCAAAAGUUCUGUCGUAUUUGCUAGUUUCUUAUGAGAAUCAUGACCGAGACAAUAUUCCUGCAUAUUGAUAUUAGAUUUUGCAACAUCUUAUUAGUUUACCAUCUAUAAUACAAGUUUAACUUUUACAGAAUCUUUAAGUACCUACUUUUAUUUUUUUUUUUUGGUUAGUGUUUUUGUUAGUCUUUCGAUUUUUAACAAUUUUUGUUUCAUACCUUAGUUUUUGGUCUUUUGUUUAAUUUUUCUCUGGCACAAAGAAUUAUCCUCAUGAUCGUAAUUCCAGCCUCUGAUUCUUUCUUUGAAGUCAGGCAGCUGAAAAAUGUAAGUCUCAAUUCUCAUUUCACGAAGUGCUUAAUAAACCAAAGGUUUAUUCUGAAGUUUAUAAGAAAAAGUUACUGUGGUAACUUCAGAAUUGAAAUUCUUCCAAGAAAGGUGACUUUAUGAUUCACAUACAAGGUGAAAAAUAAUAUUAAUUACUGGGAGGAAGAGGCCUCUAAAAGAAGGAUACCUAGAAGUACUUUGUAAAUUCUCCAGUUUAAAAAUGUUAUUUAUUUGUUUCUUUUUUGGGCAUUAAGUGUUAAGUUAAGGAUACAUUUUGGUUUGUGUAUCCUUCUUUGGUUUGUUUUACACGUCCAGUGCCCUAUAGAUUUACAGAACCAAAGUUAAAAUUGAUUUUACAAACCAGUGAGUUUAUCAUGGUAUAAUUAGUAAUAGAUUCGAUUCAGAUAUAUUUUUACAAGGUAAUCCUAGUUGUAUGAUGUUGUUUAUGAAGAGUUAUUGUUUGAAAUUUAUGGUUUGAUUUAUCUGAAAAAAUCUUGAUUUUAUUUUUAUUGUUGUUGCUCGUUUUGUAUAAUCUCUAGGUUAUAGAAUAAUUGUUCUGUCUGUACCCUCAAUUUGUAUUUUAUUAUGAAUAGAUGAAGCCAUCGUCUUUUUCAAUGCC